GUUCAUGCAGCCACACUUUUCCACACGUCAUCUUUAAUAAAUGUGGAUGACAUUCGCGUAUGAGGGAAGUAAUUGAGCUAAAAUGGAAGGCCUGUAUUUCAGUAUAUACCCACUUAACAUGAGGAUCAGCUAACGUCUCUAAUCUAAAGUCAACAUCUCCCUCAAAUAUGCACAGUGGAUUGUACAGUUUGGUCUUUCUUAUUCUCAUUCGUAUAGUUCAUAGUUCUGAAUGGAGUGACGUCGGCACUGAGUGCGAUGGCUUACGUUUUAUGUGAUAAUGGAGACACCAUUUUGACUCCUGCUCCCAUGUAUGGAGCUAUACCACGUGACCUUCUGUUCCAGUAUGGAGCGAAGACAUAUCCAGUGCAUCUUAGCAGCAAGGCAGGACCAGAUGGAAGAGAACCGUUUGAACUGACAGUUCCUCUUCUUGAGUCAGCGUUGGAAAAAGCAAAGGAGGAGGGACAUAACGUCAGAGCUCUUUUGCUGGUCAAUCCUGUCAAUCCGUAUGGAACUGUGUACACCAAACAACAAGUUUUGGAAUACCUCACAUUUUGCAAAAGGCAUGAUCUACAUUGUGUGCUUGAUGAGAUCUAUGCUGCUAGUAUCUAUGACGAGUCUGUAGAGAGUUCCAGUAUAUUCACCUUGCAUUCAGAUGAGCUACCGGACAAGACAAAGACACAUGUCAUAUGGGGAAUGGCAAAGGAUUUUGGAAUGCCAGGUUCUCCAUUCGGGGCCGUAUAUUCAUGGAAUCCUCGGGUUUUAGCUGGCCUAGGACAAUUAGUCGAUUUCUACCAGAUUCCAAGUUUCAUUCAAAUAGCUUUGGCAAAAUUACUUGAGGACAAAGAAUGGUUGAAAUCGUACCUUCCAACUCACAAUAAGAUGUUGAUGGAAUCGGCAACUAUCGUAAUGGAAACUCUGAAAGAGCUUGAUGUGCCAUUUGUGAAACCCAGUGCAGGGUUAUUCAUUUGGGCUGACUUUAGAAAGAUCAUCACGAAUGCAAGCAAACAAACCGAGAAGCAGUUUGCUUUCCACUGUCUUGACCACGGUCUCGGUCUCGCACCAGGGGCGGCCUUCUAUUACAACGAAUUCGGCUGGAUUAGACUCGUCCAUGCCCUACCGAAAUGCAAACUCAUCGAAGGAAUGAAGAGACUUAAAGCGGCAUGUGCAACAUUCCAAACGAACAACAUCACUCAUGCAAACUGAGGCAUCAGGGAAUAAUCUUCAGACAGAUCGGUGGCGUAGCGUGGAUCCAUGGGGCACUUGUGUCGUGGGGGCGAAGGCGCAUUUUUUUGUGUGUGAAUGAAAUCCGAGAGAGCAAGGCGGUCGAGUUAAGUGGGGGUCACUUUCGUCAUGUUCCGUUUCCCUUCACCCUGUAACAAUGCCACUCAAUUAGAGCCGAGACGCAAUGGGAAUGACAUUUUCAAGGGAAUUUCGGAUGUGACAGGGCAAUCUUUUAUCAACCUGUCCCAUAACAAGUCAUGUACAAUAACAUUUUGACCUGUCCUUUGACGAAACAUUCAAAAUUUCCCUCCACGCUUAUAGUGUCCCCUCCCUCCCAUCCUUCUGCUACGGAGGUAGUGACAUUCAUUCCAACGGUGAAGUUUCGAACCCCGAAAUAGUAAAAAAUUCAGAAAAAUGCACAACACUUCCUCAUUAGGAAAUAUCAUAGAGUCUUAUGGAUUAAUUUUGUCAGAAUGAAGAGUUGUGGAUGUCCUUACCGUCUUUCGGUCAUUUUAGGAGACUGGCGGCCAUUCUGGACGCAUUGUAUGUAUGUGGUAUGAUUAAAUUCUUCGACUCCAAAAACAUAGGUUUAGACAGCACAACGAAAUCUCUAAGAUGGAUAUAUUGUUAUCUUGUUUUCCUUUCCUUUCUUUUCCCCCCUUAUAUAUUGUUUUUCUUCUCCCUAUUUUACUUUCUCUUGUCUUAUAGGUAGUUGAAGUGUUUGUACUUUGCUUAUUUUAAUUAAUUCAUUGUUGUGUGCUUAUAAUAUGUUAUAUUUCUUUUUGUAUUGUUUUUCAUUCUUUAAUGG